AUGACUCGAGUGGCCGAUGGAAGUGGGAGACGGGCCCUCCGGCCGGUCAGCAUGGGACCCAGACCUCAACGGCCGAUGAGCUUCACUUUUCCGGAUUUCCCAUUCAACCCAGAAAGCGAUGUGUUCCCAUACGCGGACCCGAACAAACGACUAUCGUACUUCAAAUACCCUGAUGUAGAUCCAGUACCUCCACUACCAACCCUCUCGGCAUCACGCAAUGGCAGCCAAGAUACCAUUGUCCCUCCCCCGUACGAGAAUGGCGAUGCAGAAAAGGCAGAGCCUCCACCUGAAGCCCCUCCAAGCAAGAUGAGCAGGCAGGAGAUCGUCAUCAUCAUGACAGCUUUAUGUACAAUUAUCUCUACCUCUCUUCCUACAAUUUCAAAGGUGUUUAAUGCCAAUGAGAGCGGUUACACAUGGAUGGCCUCAUCUUACCUUUUAGCCAACGCCUCAUGCGUCCCUCUGUGGGGAAAGCUUAGUGACAUCUGGGGUCGCAAAGUCCUCAUCCUAGCGGCCAAUGUCCUAUUCCUUGUUGGAAGUUUACUCUGCGGAAUCGCACCAGGACUGGCCAUUUUCCUAGUCGGAAGAGGUAUUCAGGGAAUUGGAGGAGGUGGCUUGAUCAUUUUAGGACAAAUCUGUGUUAGUGAUCUGUUUAGCGCGAGAGAGCGUCCUGUUUACUAUGCUCUCUUCGGAGCUACAUGGGCUGUUGCUGGGGCACUUGGACCAGUGAUAGGUGGACUUCUAACUCAAAAUACUUCCUGGCGCUGGUGUUUCUACAUUAACUUACCUGUUGGCGGCAUAUGUUUCGUGAUUCUCUUCUUUUUUCUGAAAAUAGAGUCUCCAAAAACACCUCUCCUCGCCGGACUGCGUGUUAUUGACUGGCUUGGAACCGUCACUAUUGUUGGAGGAACAGUCAUGUUACUCUUCGGCCUGGAGUUUGGUGGCGUCAGCUUCCCAUGGAAUUCUCCGACAACCAUCGGACUAAUUAUCGGUGGUAUUGUUAUUUUGGGAAUAUUCGGCGUGGUUGAGAGGUAUUAUGCGAAAUAUCCAAUCAUGCCCCCUGCUGUUUUCGAUGGUAUAAACAACAUCCUUAUCUUGGGAGUUAACUGGGUCCAUGCGUCUUUGUUCAUCUCCGGCGCAUACUUCCUUCCCAUUUACUUCCAGAUUGUUCUCGGUGUCGGCCCAACACUGAGUGGAGUCUAUAUCUUACCACAAGUAAUGGGGCUCUCAGUUGUUGCCAUGCUGACCGGGAUGUUCAUCCGAAACACGGGCAAAUAUGUCUGGAUUAUGCGUAUCAGCAUGUUGAUAACGACUUUGGGAUAUGGUCUAUUUUUGGAUUUCCAGUCAUACACGUCCUGGCCUCGACUUAUUAUAUACCAGCUUAUCUCCGGCAUUGGUAUUGGUCCCAACUUUCAGGCCCCUCUGAUUGCCAUCCAGAACAACAUGCCGCCCGGAGAUGUAUCCGGAGCCACCUCGACGUUUGGUUUCAUGCGCCAGCUCGCUACAUCAUCGUCCAUUGUUCUUGGCAGUGUGGUGUACCAGAACAUCAUCAAUGGCAAAGAAGCAUAUCUUACUGAAGUUUUGGGCCCAGAACUGGCUCCUAAAUUCCUUGGGAGCAUUGCUGGAGCGAAUAUUGAUUUAAUCCAUCAGCUGACUCAGUCUCAGAAGGAUAUCGUGCUGAAUGAAUAUACCACUGCACUCAAACGGGCUUGGUUGUUCUACACCGCUCUUAGUGCAAUUGGGUGCAUUUUCAGCUUCUUUGUCCGGGAAAAGGCUUUAAACCAGAAUCAUGAAGUGACCAAAACGGGACUCGAGGAGCAGGAGCGCGCUCGACUGGCGCGCAUUGCUGCUGCCAAGAAACCUGAAGAGAGGCAGACAGAAUGGCCUGGCAGUGAGUCAAGAAAACCCCAGUAA